AUGGAUGACCGCAGAGAUUUGAAUCCUAAAUUAAAAGAGGUGGUGCGAAUGGUGCGGGAAAUAUCCCGCAUUUAUAAAAUAAAAAUGCCCGAAGUAGGGGUCUAUCCUUCCCAAGAAAUUAAUGCUUUCGCUACUGGUCCGGCUGGCAAUACAUUGAUUGCCUUUUCCACCAAUUUAAUUAAUACUAUGAGUCUCUCCGAAAUUAGAGGGGUGGUCGGUCAUGAGUUAUCUCAUCUUAUCCAUUACGAUAUCGCUCGGAUUUUGGUAGUUCAAGGAAUAUUUGAUGUUCUUCAUUUUCUGCUUCGUGUUUUAAUUGCUUCUUGGCUAUUUCAACCCAGCGAGGAGGAGAGAGAAACCGGCGAACUUAAUAUCGUCAAAUUCAUUUUCAAAUUAAUAUUUUUUGAAAUACUUUCUGCUAUUAUGCGAAGGGAAUUGGCUGCCGACCGAAGGGGGGCUGAAAUAGUAGGAAUUGACGAUAUGCUGGCGGCUUUACGGAAACUUUUGGAAUUAGAAAAUAGAAUUAUGUUUACUAUAACUAUAAAAAUACCUAACCUAACUGAAAAAGCGGAAAAAUUUUUAGAAAAAGAAUUUGCCAAGUUAGAAAAAAUAUUUAAAAAACCGCGUGAAUUGCUUUUUGAAGAGGCGUUAAUUAGAAAGCAUGAAGUUAAAGAAAAUACUAAAAAGAACCGCGAUGAAUGGCAUAAAGAGGAAAUUAAAAGAGAACAAUAUAAUUCUUAUAUUGUAGAAGCACUAUUUGAGUUUUUAGAGGAUAUGGAGGAUUUGAAAGAUGUUGAAAAGAUUGAGUGA